AAAACUAUGUCAACGUAUAAAAGUUUUGCCGACAACAUCAACACAACCGCCACUGCCACCGAUACGGCCGCCGCCGAUGACUACUAUACGUGCGGACUGUUUGGUUGGCGGCCCCGGUGUCUGCAACGGCUGGCCACUACCCGUAUGUUUCUACUAGUAUUUGCACUGUUGGGUGUCAUCCAGGGUGCCAACUAUACCUAUAUGAUUGCAUCCAUAACCACUCUGGAAAAACGUUUUCAAUUUGGUAGUAAAAUAUCGGGCCUCAUAUUGAUGACCGAUAAUGUUAUGCAACUCAUAGCCAAUCCAUUGUUCGGCUAUCUGGCCAAUCGUGUUCACCGACCACGUAUGAUAGCCCUGUGCCAAUUGAUUGUUGUGUUUGGCUGCUAUCUGGCAGCUCUACCCUAUUUCCUCUAUGAAUAUACACCAUUGAAUAGCUAUCUAAUUGGUGGUAAUUUUAAUACUACCAGUGCUAGUGGUAGUGGUAGUGGUGGUCAUCACCAGCAACUAGAGUAUUGUGAUAGUGUCAUCAAUAAUGGUAAUAAUACCAGUGCUAUGGGUGUUAUGUUAAACAUCAACGAUUGUGGUGGUGAUGGUGUAGGUGCUGAUGAUAUUAGUAAUGACAGUGCUUUCUAUGUGAGUGCAGCCGUACUACCGGCGGUUAUCAUAUUUUGUUUGGCCAGUUGUUGCAAUGGUAUCGGUUUUACAGCUUUCUAUAUAAUAGGCAUACCGUUUAUCGAUGAUAAUGUCAAUAAAAAAAACUCGCCCAUCUAUAUCAGUACGACAGCAGCACUCAGAUUAGGCGGUCCGACGUUAGGCUACUUUUUAUCCUCAUUUUGCCUAAGAUUUUAUGAAAACCCAUUUCGUGACCCCGGUAUCGAUAUGCGCGACCCACGUUGGGUGGGCGCCUGGUGGCUAGGGUUUGUCAUACUGGGCACCGGUGUCCUAUUGUGUCUGAUACCGAUGCUAUUGUUUCCCCGUAAUUUCAAAUCAUCGCCACUAAUGAAACGGGAGUCAUAUAUAACAUUAGAUAAUCAUACUAACGAUGAAUCUGACGUUUGGCCAACAAUGCAGCGGCUGAUGUCAAAUCCGAUACUAAUAUGCUAUACAUGCGGUACAACCGUCAACAUGUUUGCACUGUUUGGUUACAUAACGUUUCUUGGAAAAUAUAUUGAAUCCGAGUAUAAACGGUCGGCAUCGGUGGCCAACCUGUUUUCAGGUAUGAUCGGUGUAGCACCGGCAGCAUUGGGCAUAUUUUUUGGUGGUAUACUAAUCAGACAGUUUAAACCGGGACCAAAACUGCUGACCACACUGAUAGCUAGUGUCGAAAUUUUUGGUCUAAUCGGUCUAAUAUCGGCAAUGUUUUUAGGCUGUCCCAGUGGUCGACUAUACGGUACACUAUUUGAUGGCCAAUUUGAUUUACAAACUCAAUGCAAUAGUCAGUGCAGGUGUACUACUAAAGUGUAUCAACCGAUUUGCGGACCCGACGGUCGGACCAAUUAUUUUUCACCCUGCUACGCCGGAUGCUCGGCACCGGGAUCUGGACAACGUGAGGAUCUGUCUAACUGUGCCUGUUUUGGUUCAUCCCUGAACAGGGCUACGCUGGGCUCGUGUCGGGCCAAUCGCUACUGUGACGAUACAUUCAUAUCGUUUGCCACUAUGUUAAGUGUCGGCAAUUUUAUUGGCAAUCUGGCCAAAACUGGCAACUCUAUCAUAGCAUUUAGUCGAUGAACGAGACAAAAGUUUUGCACUGGGA